UUCUAGUAGAUAAGGAAGAAACUAAGAAAGGUAUCUUUGUCACAACUACAAAGUAGCAUAAAUAUUCCAAGGAGAGGCUAAAAUUCAAAGAAGAGUUUUCCUUCACUUCAGACUUCAACUAUGGUCUCCCCAGAAGAACUCAGCCACUUCCAAACUCUCCCAAAACGCACCGUUCUCCACCGAGCCUCCUCUCUGAUCGCCGACGGGUUUCUCUUCAUCGUCGGCGCGUCUCUAGCACUUUUCUUGAUCUGGGCACUCCUCUCCUUCACAAACCAAAACGACGUCGCACAAAGCUUCAACUCACAACUUCACACCGACCACCCACCACAGCUAAUUUCCACCUUCUACGACGACGCAACUCUCAGCUACUCCAUCCAAAACGACAAUCCCAUCAAGAACUGGGACGAGAAACGACAACAAUGGCUGAGAUAUCAUUAUCAGUAUCAAACCCACAAUUCAAAGCCUCGAAUUCUGUUGGUCACGGGGUCCCGACCGGCGGUUUGUAGUAACCCAGUGGGAGACCAUUUGCUUCUGAGGUUGUUCAAGAACAAGGUCGAUUAUUGUCGUAUCCAUGGGAUUGAGAUUUUCUACAACAAUGCUUUGUUGCAUCCUAAGAUGUUUGGUUUCUGGGCAAAGUACCCGGUUGUGAAAGCGGCGAUGUUGGCUCACCCGGAAGUUGAGUGGAUUUGGUGGGUCGAUUCUGAUGCUGUGUUUACUGACAUGGAGUUCAAGCUUCCCUUGCAGAGGUACAGCAAGCACAACCUUGUUGUUCAUGGCUGGUCACAUGCUGUCUACAAGGAGCAGAGCUGGACGGGCCUAAACGCGGGCGUUUUCUUGAUCAGGAACUGCCAGUGGUCCAUGGACCUCAUUGAUGAAUGGGCCAAAAUGGGCCCACAGAGCCUAGAGUAUGAAAAAUGGGGAAAGACCCAGAAAUUGGUUUUCAAAGACAAGUUGUACCCUGAGUCAGAUGAUCAAUCAGGUUUGAUAUAUCUUCUUUUGAAAGAGAAUGAAAAAUGGGGUGACAAGAUUUACUUAGAAAGUGAGUACAACUUUGAAGGGUAUUGGUUGGGAAUGGUUGGUGGGCUUGAUAACAUCACCAAAGGGUACACAGAGAUUGAGAAAAAAGUUGGGGUUUUGAGGAGAAGACAUGCAGAGAAAAUGAGUGAAUAUUAUAGUGAAAUUAGAGAGAAUUAUUCAAAGGGUGUGGAAAAAAGGCCAUUUGUGAUACACUUUACUGGGUGUGAGCCAUGCACAGGGGAUCAUAACCCUGUGUACACUUGGGAAGCUUGUUGGAAUGGAAUGCAAAAGGCUUUGAACUUUGCAGAUAAUCAGGUGUUGCGCAGUUUCGGUUUUGUUCAUCCGGACCUGCUCAAUUCUUCUCUGGUGUCCCCUCUGCCGUUUGAUUUUCCUCUAGAUGGAUGAUUGUUUUGUUGGUCUACCUGUCCCAAGACAAAAUGUGACAAUGUGAUGUGAGUUGUGGACAAGAAUAUAAAUUUUGGAUAUAGUAGUUAGUAACAGUAUAUUAAGAUGCAUGAGUUUGGUUUUUCUGAAAACUCAUUCCUUUUAACCUUCAGAACAUUGUUAAUAAGGCUUUAAGUUUAAUUCAGAAAUGUCUUGCUCGCUGCCGUAAGAUUAUCUGAGCACG